ACAAGCACGGACAUACACACUAACGCACAUAUACACAUACACGCACAUAUUCACAUACACAAGCACGCACAUAUACACAUACACAUGAACGCA